AUGACAACGCCCAAGGCGUCGGCGUACCAUGCGCACGAGAGCGAGGCGUCGGCGAUCGCGAUCCAGAUCGAGGCCAAAGAGGGCUCCAUCACGCAGCACGGAUCGUCCGAGACGUCGGCCGUCGGGCGCUUCUUCCGGCGGCUCCUGCCGGCGCUGAGCUCGGCCUUUGUCGCGUCCGUCGCGUACGUGGACCCGGGCAACUUUGCCACCAACAUUCAGAGCGGCUCCAACUACGGCUUUACGCUGCUCUGGGUCAUCCUCGUCGCCAACAUCAUGGCGAUGCUCUUCCAGACGCUCUCGGCCAAGCUCGGGCUCGCGACCGGCAAGAACCUCCCCGAGGUCAUCCGCGAAGAGUGCCCGCACUGGUUUGUGCUCAUCAUGUGGUUCAUUGCUGAAAUCGCAGCGAUCGCCACGGACGUGGCCGAAUUCAUCGGGUCGGCCAUCGCGUUCGAGCUCCUCUUUGAUAUCUCCUUGGUGUGGGGCGCGCUCAUCACGUGCUUUACAACCAUGCUGCUACUGCUUGUGCACCAGCACCAGACGCGGCUCUUCGAGGCCGUCAUCUUCUCGCUCGUCUCGGUCAUUGUCGUCUCGUACAUUGUCGAGACCGCUCUGCAGUCGAUCGACUGGGGCACGUCGCGUACCACACGUUCGUGCCCGCGUUCGACGGCAAGGACAGCGUGCUGCUCGCGGUCGGGAUCGUCGGUGCGACCGUCAUGCCCCACCGUCAGCGAGACGGGCGACGUCAUUUUGCCGCCGCUUGCGAUCGAAAUCACCGGCAUCAUCAUUGCGCUCGGCAUCGCAGGCUUCGUCAACAUGUCGAUGCUCAUCAUGGCGGCCGCGACCUUCCACGCCAACGGCCAAAACGACAUUACAACGAUCGAGACAGCGUACUUGACGCUCGAGCCGCUCCUCGGAAAAGCCGCGAGCACCGUCUUUGCGAUCGGUCUCCUUGCGUCCGGUAUCUCGUCAUCGGCCGUCGGGACGCUCGCCGGCCAAGUCAUCAUGGCCGGGUUCCUCCGGGUCCAAGUGUCCAUGUGGAUCCGCCGGCUCGUGACGAUCGUGCCGUCGCUCAUCAUUGUGUUUGCCGGCGUCGACCCGACCGAAGCGCUGGUCGUGAGCCAGGUCGUGCUCAGCUUUUGCAUUCCGUUUGCACUCGUGCCGCUCGCCUACUUUACGAGCAAGACGUCCAUCAUGGGCGAGUGGGCCAACUCGUACUUGAUCUCGGCCAUCACGGCCGUGCUCUGCCUGCUCAUCGUCGGCCUCAACGUCUUCUUGAUCGUUGGCGCCUUUACCGGCGAAUCCUAA